CGUAGAUGAAAGCUUGCCCUCGUGGUUGAAAACAUUUAAAAUGUUGGUCUUGUUUGAAACCGCGGCUGGUUAUGCCAUUUUCAAGCUUCUUGAUGAAAAGAAGUUAAAGAAAGUUGAUAAUUUAUAUCAAGAUUUCCAGACUGCUGAAGGAGCAAGUAAAGUUGUCAAGUUGAAACAGUUUGAAAAAUUCAAAGACACCACAGAUGCACUUGCUGCUGCCACUGCAACCAUUGAGGGUAAAAUGAGUAAGAGUUUGAAGAAAAUGUUGAAAAAAAUAGUUGCCAAGGAUGCACAUGCAGAACUAGCAGUGGCUGAUGCUAAAUUAGGAAAUGUUAUUAAGGAAAAAUUCAACAUUAGUUGUGUUUGCAACUCAUCAAUACACGAACUGAUGAGAGGUAUACGAGCACAGAUGACAAAUUUGAUAACUGGGUUACCAGAGAAAGAAAUCAGUGCUUUCUCCUUGGGUUUGGCACAUAGUUUAUCAAGGUACAAGUUGAAGUUCAGUCCAGAUAAAGUGGACACCAUGAUUGUGCAGGCAAUCUCUCUAUUGGAUGAUCUAGAUAAAGAAUUGAAUAAUUACAUAAUGAGGGUUCGUGAAUGGUAUGGAUGGCACUUCCCAGAGUUAGGGAAAAUUGUCACUGACAACAUAGCUUUUGCCAAAACUAUCAAGAAAAUUGGUGACCGUGUGAAUACUUCCAGUACUGACCUCUCAGAAAUGUUACCAGAAGAAAUAGAAGAACAAGUCAAACAGGCGGCUGAAAUUUCCAUGGGCACUGAAGUGUCAGAAGAGGAUAUCACUAAUAUUUUGUAUCUUAGUGAACAGAUUAUAGAAAUUUCCAAUUACAGAGCACAGCUGUACGACUACCUCAAAAACAGAAUGACUGCCAUAGCACCUAACUUGACAAUAAUGGUUGGUGAAUUGGUCGGUGCAAGACUCAUAGCACAUGCAGGUUCAUUACUUAAUCUUGCAAAGCAUCCCUCGUCCACUGUACAGAUAUUGGGAGCUGAGAAGGCGCUGUUCAGAGCAUUAAAAACAAAGAAAGAUACGCCUAAAUAUGGUCUUAUUUACCAUGCAUCAAUGGUGGGACAGACGUCGGCAAAAAACAAAGGAAAAGUGUCGCGUAUGUUAGCAUCAAAGACGUCACUCGCUAUCCGAUAUGAUGCUUUGGGUGAAGAUGACAACUCAGAGAUGGGAAUAGAAAACAGAGCUAAACUUGAAAACAGGUUACGAUCCAUUGAACAGCAAGCAACGAGGAGAAUCAGUGGUACUGGAAAACAGCUGGCCAAAUUUGGCAAAUACCAAGGCAAAAGUGAUGUCACCCCUUACAGUGUCGGUUUAGACUCGACGAUACAAGCCAAAAAACGAAAAAUAGAAGAGGUUGAUACCACAGGAGAAACACCAUCUAAACACAAAGCGAAGAAAGUCAAAGCAGAACCAGUAGAAUCAUCAUCAGACUCCGAAGAAGCAGUGGAAGAAACGCCAAAGAAGAAAAAGAAGAAGAAAAAGGACAAAGAUGUGGAUGAAAGUGAGGAAACUCCGGCCAAGAAAGUCAAAUUUGAAACUCCUACACAAGCUGAAGAAACUCCUGGCAAGAAAGAAAAGAAGAAAAAGCAAAAGCAAAAAGAAGCUGAAUCGCCAGUAGCAGAAACAUCACUUGUGGAAACGCCAAGUUCAGAAAAGAAAAAGAAGAAAAAGAAAAAGAAAGAUUCUGACUAAGAUGUAUUUAUUUUAUUGUUUUUUAAAAUCAUGAUUCAAAUUAUUUUUAGAUUGUCCAGUACCCGGGUAGAUUUUAUCAAAAUGACAUGAAAAUGUAGCAUGUGAGAAGGAACCAGGUGGACUUUCGUGGGGUUAUAUAUAACUUGAAAGAUUUACAGUAGAUUUACUUUGAAAUAUGAAGCUUACAGUGUUCUCACUAGAAAUUAAAUUAUGUGCAGUGGAAUUGUUCCAUCAGGUUAUUCUACACUUGUAUUGUCACUUGUAUUUUCUUGCCAUUUUUUUUAGACAACUUGUCUUGUGUAAGUAAAAAAUGUGAGACAAAAAAUUAGGCAAUGAUACAAAAGUGAGAACACUGGCUACAUGAUCCCUAACUGUAAGGUGAUUAAGAAGAAAACUUCUGAUAGUUUUGUUACGUACCAUGGCAUGUUAACGCAGUCAAAGAAGUAAUGUAUUUGCUCUAUUAGAAGCAGUCUCGAAUAACACCAUGUAAACAAGUUGUGUGGAUUAUGUACUACCACUUCACCAUGAUAGUUUACACAAAUUCCCAUACUACUACUACUUGAGUAUAUACAUUAAGCGCAAGGCACAAUAUUCCAAGGUUGCAUAUUCUAGAAGGGGUGUGGGGUACAGAAUAAUAUUUUACAAUGUGUUAAGAAUUUGUACUCUCAGAAAGUGCCAGUAUGUGUGACCUUUUGGGGGGGUCGCGUAAAGUGUCAUGGGUGAACAAGAGUAACUUUUUUUUUGCUUUGGCUUGGGGUUAAAAAACAUCACAAGUUUUCACAAUAAAAACAAAUAUUUCUGCCCAGAUUUUGGAAAGAAUUAUCAUUUGUUUACAAUUUUGUUAUUGCUGCCAACUAAUGUAUUGUUUAUAUCUGUUGAUGCAAAAUAUCUUCGCAGUCACUUUUAACAAUUUCAGUAAAACCAGAAACUGAAACCUGUGUGUUUAGUGUUUUGUUUAUUCUGGUACAGCCAAAUAACUCGGUUUGAAAGCAGGAAUGUUGUUUCCUGUCCCGACAAUGCUUGUUCCUAAUGUUUGUUUUUCAUACAAAUUUUGUCCCUUUUUCACAAUCACAACAUAUAUCGUGCAAAAGUGUAAAUGAAAUCACUUUCUUGUUGCAUUUAAACAACUACUACAGUCUGGAUAUCUUAUUUAAGUCUGCAUUGGCAUGCACACACAACUGGUUACAAUAGAUUUUCAACAAACUAUUCAAAACAUCGCUUUUUUUCCCCCCCUGUUCUCUAAUUAUUUUAAACUUAACAGACCCUUAUUCUGUGAUUUUCUUUGAAAAGCAAAGACUCAUUUCACACGGUCAUGAUCUUCUGGAUGACCAGUUUGAAUGUCCCAUUGAGUUGUACUCUUUCAAAACUUAAACGUGAUGAUAAAACAUUAUUUGCUGUGUUACUGUAAACUCUUAGAAUGGGUAGAAUUGAAGGAGAAAAUGGUCAAGUCUAAAAGAAAAGAUUAAAAUGUUCCAAGCUAAGAUGAAGAGGGGAUCUGAAUCUGCAAAUAAAUUUAGCAAAGUCGCAUGUGAUUCACUCGGUCUGAAAAUUGAAAUACUAUUAAUUAAUUCAACAAAAGUAGAGCUGAGCUGGAUCAACUAUGAAGAUCUAACAAGUAUCAAGCAAAUGAAAAAAAA